AUGGCCCAAGAUGACCACGAGAAUGAGGUGGAAGAGCGUCCAAGUGAGAGGAGACAUAGAUCGAAGUCAGAGAAGGAUCCCAAUCGACCGCACAAGACGAGAAGCUCCAGACCGAAGGUGAUCGACCCCGAGACAGGCGAAGUCAUCAAGUCAUCACACCGACGCAGGAAGGAGAAGACGGCAGAGAAGAAUAGCGAAAGAGGCUCCGAACCAUCAACAUCCAUGGCCGACUUAGUUCCCGAGUUGGCUCGAACAGCUUCUGCCCCCGGCGCAACCUCGAGAAGUAGUCUGCCAUACCCAAGUUUCAACAAAGCGUUCAGCAAAGAAGCAGUCAACAGCAGGGACGAUGUCCGGCUACCAGCUGCGGAUAAGACGAAUCCAUAUACGCCAGAGUCAACAGAUAUAGGCUCCAAUGCGAAGGACAGAUCAAAAUCGGCUGAGCACAUUGCUCCUACUAAGUCAAGAACUGCUCAGAAAGAUGGCAGACCUCCGAGUCCUCCCGAUACCGACAUCUCGCCGCAAAGGAAACACAGUACAAGCCGCAUGUCAAAGGUUCAGGAGGAUGUGGAGGCAGAGGGUAGAUCGGUGUCAAGCAACUCGUGGUUUGGAAGGAUGGCUGGCAAGGAUCAGAUCAAGGAGACUCGGUCGAAAGUUUCUGUGAAGUCCAAGAGCUCGAAGGCUAGCACUAUCAAGUCUCCAAGAAUGAAGGAUGAAAGACCUUCUGCGGAGGACCUGCGUGUACGAGAUUCAGGUAUAGGUUCUGGGGUGGAUUCGAAUGUCACAUCAGUUGCGCCGAAGCGGGACCAGGAGACUAGAGAACAGGAGGUAACUUCGAAACGACCACCAGUCCUGGAUACAGAUUCAUCCCAAGAGUCGGCACAAGACUCAUCACCUCGAACUCCGACACAGACUCCACAGUUUCCACCGUCAGCUGUACCUAGUGUCAAGCCUACGCCGUCGCCUUUCAUCCACUUUGAAGAUCACAGUGUGGUGUCAAGCUCAUUUGACUCGCCUCAGCCUCCUCCACCUCCGCCCCCUCCGAAUGUACCGAUCAACAUUCCUCGAGUCGACUACUUGAUGGAAAAUGGUGGACUACUUCGUCCAGUUAUGAAGACUCUGCUCACUGCUGGACCAGCUUUCUCAUCCCAAAAUAGUGGAUCGAGAGGAGGUACACCAAUGCCUUCCGAGAUCGAGAAGAUAUUUGGACCCUUCUACAAUGUUCUAGACCAGUACGAGGCAGUUAUCAACAAGAAUGGCUCGAUGGCUGUGGCGACAGGAUAUCGGUCGGUUGCGAGGAGACUACUUGAUCGUUUGGAGAAUGUGUUCAACAGAGAUCUAUCGUCUGAAGGCUGUUCUUGCGUCAUGUGCCAAAACCUUGAUCUUGCAAUACACGAAGGAAGUCGAGGCCUCGGAUGGGGUGAGGUUUUGGAAUGGGUCAGCGGUCGACGAGAGCUUCCAGUUUGGCCAGCUUUUGAUUUCGCAACAUUGGGAGUCAGAGCUAGCGAAGCACUGCACAGCGGCGUUGGAAUAUCUCCGGAAGGUGGUCCUGAGAGACCUAGAUCACCCGUCAAGAUGGAUCCUGACAUUGCAGAGGAGUUCCGGGAGCACUAUCUUGCCCAAACCAAGAAGACCAAGCAUGCGGUUGAUAGGUGGCUGUCUAGCUGCCCUCAAACAGCAGCAACUCCACCACAAGAGGUCGACGACGAAACUUUGUCAUUUGCCAUCCUGACACAUCUAGACCAGCAUGACAGGCCAGUCUUUAAUGCAUUAAUUUCUGGCUUGACGGUGUUGCAACCAGUAUCAAGAGCACCACAACCCAAGCCUAGAUCUGAAUUUAUGAUCAAGACCGGUCACUCAAUUCAAAGACUCUAUCGACUUCCCAACCCUCCACGGGAUCCAGAAGCUGCAAUCUAUCUUUUGAAGCACCCGAAUCUCCACAACCUCCUGGCUACGAUGUCGAGCAUCAACGCAUCCGAGUGGGAGAUUCUGACUUCUGGUCGUUUCGAUGGCUUCCUAUGGUCUGGAGCUGAUGAUUCUACAAACUCACCGGCUCUAUCUCGAGGACCAACGCCGGCAGGUGGGUUCCGUGGCCCUAUGUCUCCUCCUCUGCGUCAAGGCAUCCCAUCUCGAAACAACACACCUUUCUCGCCAAUGCGAAACCAAACUUUCUCGCCAUCAAUGGGUGGAUUCCAGUCCCGUGGCCCAACGCCAUUUUCUCAGGUUCGGCAGCCUGUGUCUAACGAUGAGGAGACCGAGAUCGCUGUACUUGCAGAAGUUGAACGGGAGAUUUACCUGAGCAUGGAAGCGCUGGAAGAUGCAUUUGAAGGUCUACACCGCAAGGCCGAGUUAGUUCGCAGGGCUCUCCGAGAACGUGGAGCCGGUCUCUCGAUGUCACUACAAUCCAGACAGCCAAGCCAGCCAGACAUCAUCAGUGCAGGUACACCUGGCUUCCCUCCAUCCGGGCUGGGACCCGGCUACGAGAGACAGAACUGGGGAGAAGGAAGCGAAAUGCUGAGCGAGAGUGACUGGGAGCCGGAAUCUGAACUGAUGAGCGAGCUGGCGCCUGAUGACUCGGCGAGCAAUAUCAGUAGCUCGAGACACAGACGACCGAAGAGGAGAAAUGAAAGGAGGACGCCUGCUCUGGUUGAGGAGGAAGAUGAGGAUUGA